CGUCUCGUGUUCUAUAACGUCGUGCGUGCGUGCGUGCCUGCGUACGUGCGUGCGUGCGUGCGUGCGUGCGUGCCUGCGCGAUUAUUCCGAAAGGAAUAUCGGUGCGGCCGGUGUUGUUAGAUUAGAUUUAGAAUCCGUAAAGGCGCGCAACGUGUAAAGGUGUAAAGGCGGCAACCGCGGAGUAAGGAGUCGCCACCGGAGCCGCGACCGGAGCAGUGAGCAGUUGAGCACGAGACAACGCGCCGUGUCGUGGCAACGCCGCCGUCACACCGUGUGCGUCACGCGUUUCGCGUCGCGUCUUCGCUCGCUGAUCGUUGAUCGCUGAUCGCUCCCGUAAACGCGCAACGAAACACCCGCGAGGUGCGAGCAUACACGUUGGUGCAUAGUGCUCGCGUCGUGGCGCCCGUCGUCGUCGUCCUCAUCUUCGUCGUCGGGCGUCAUUGUGGCUCUCACUUGGUGUCGUGAACUGGAGAAUGUAACGUGUUCCUGUCAGUUCCUGUCUCUGUCAGUGACAUCAUCAUCAUCGGUGAUGAUCGAUUGUGUGGGAAACAGUGAAUAGAAGCGGGACGUCGUCGUUGUGCGUCGCGGAUGUGAAGGGAGCAGGAAAGUGAAACGGAACAAAAGUUAACUUUUGCAGAGCACGAAUAUCGCGUCUCGAUGCGGCACGUUCGCGAUCACUUCGCGAUCACCUCGCGCGCGAACGCGUUCUAGGUGCUUGUGUUUUCUCCAACAUUAUUCGCUCUUGUCUUGUUGAUAUCGCGCGAAGGUCAAGCCACGUGUCCGCGCAAGCAACCGAACGCUCAUCCUUCCUAACAAUAUGCGGGAUUGACGAGAGAAGCUCCGACACCUACGCGUGUGUGUUUGUGUGUGUGUGGACGUCCGAGGUGGUGUGAUAACCGCAACGAUGAUGAGGAAGCACGUGUACCCGGCCCGAGCCGUUGUCAUAGCCGUCGGAAAAAUCAUACCGCAAACGAUACUCACCGCCGAACUGUGCUGACGCUCGUCCGCGACAGUUUGAAUUUCACCGUCGGCUGCAGUUCGUUUCGUUCCGACCGACGCCGUCCUUCCUUCUGUGUGUGUGUGUUUCUGUGUAUAUGUGGGUCUUUCCAAAAUACUGAGGACGAGACGACACAAGAAAGGAAAAGCGGCCAGUGAGAAAGAAUCUGCGGAGAGAGAGACACGGAGAGAAGGAGAGAGAGAGAGAGAAGGAAGAAUUUCAGCAAAGCGGAAUCAGAGCAAACCGAGUGGCGACAAAGUUCGACAGCCGAGGCCGAGGCCGAGGCCGAUUCAAAAAGAAGAGGCACAAGAGAGGUGCCGUCGGUCGCCGCGUUGGAAUUUCGAGCCUUGUCCUUUUUCGUCGGAACGACCUUAUCGUUACCGUGAAAACCCAGCGUCACGCAGCGCGUCCGAGCAUUUAAGCUUAGCGCGCCGCUUAUAACAGUGCCGAGAAAGUGUAGUGAAGUGUCGAGGCUCGCUUACUUACAUUGUGGGAAAAUACAGCCGCUACGGUGGCUCAGCACGCAGAGUUCCCCGGCGCGGCCAGGGCGUUCAUGGCGCAGCCAAGGUACGAUGAUGGCGGGCUGCACGGGGGUUACCUCGAGGGCGGUGGCGGCGGUGGAGGCGCAGGGCUAUACGAUCCACAUGGUACUGCCCGCGGUGUUCCCGGUCUCCAUCAUAGCCCACACUUGGGAGGGAUGGGUCCAGCCCACCCUCAAUAUCCACCGCCUCCUCCUCAGCCUCCACAACAUGUUCUCGCGGCGGCAGCUGCGGCCGCAGCCUCCGCGGUGCCCGAUGUCCACAAACGUGAUAAGGACGCCAUAUACGGACACCCCCUGUUCCCGCUUCUCGCACUCAUAUUCGAAAAGUGCGAGUUGGCAACGUGUACACCGCGCGAGCCUGGUGUGGCCGGUGGUGAUGUUUGUUCGUCAGAAAGCUUCAACGAGGACAUUGCCGUUUUCUCAAAACAAAUAAGACAAGAGAAGCCGUAUUACAUUGCGGAUCCGGAGGUAGACUCGCUGAUGGUUCAAGCGAUUCAGGUCCUCCGGUUUCACCUCCUCGAGCUCGAAAAGGUGCACGAGCUGUGCGACAACUUCUGCCACCGGUACAUCAGCUGCCUGAAGGGCAAGAUGCCGAUCGACCUCGUGAUCGACGACCGAGAGAGCUCGAAGCCACCCGAGCUAGGUAACGGUCUGGACGGCAGCGGACCCAGAAGCACCGCUGACAGCACCAGCCACACGGACGGGGCCAGCACGCCGGACGUCAGGCCGCCUUCCUCGUCGCUUUCGUAUCCCGGCGCGGGUGCUAACGAUGACGCCCGCAGCCCCGGAAGUGGUGGUACACCUGGACCUCUCAGCCAGCAAGCGCCAGCCAGCUUGGAUUCAUCGGACCCAGAUGCAAUGGGCAAAUGGUGUCCUCGUAGGGAAUGGAGUUCGCCUCCUGACGCGCAACGCGCGGCGACCGACGCGCGUCGUGGUGUCCUUUAUUCCUCGGUCUUCCUCGGCAGUCCCGCAGGUGACGCGAGUAACGCGAGUAUCGGUAGUGGUGAGGGCACUGGUGAGGAAGAUGAUGACUCCUCAGGGAAGAAAAACCAAAAGAAACGAGGUAUCUUUCCUAAAGUUGCGACGAACAUCCUCAGGGCGUGGCUCUUUCAACAUCUUACGCAUCCAUAUCCCUCGGAAGACCAGAAAAAACAGUUGGCUCAGGACACGGGGUUGACGAUUCUUCAAGUUAAUAAUUGGUUUAUAAACGCGAGACGUAGAAUCGUUCAACCAAUGAUCGACCAGAGUAAUCGAGCCGUGUUUCCACCAUUGUCUGCAGGACCAAGUGGGGCAUACAGUCCGGAUGCGACGAUGGGCUACAUGAUGGACGGACAGGCGGCCAGCAUGAUGCACCGACCGCCUGGCGAUCCUACCUUUCACAAUCAGUAUCAUUAUCCAGAAUACUACGGACAUCACUUAUAAAGACUGAGGAUCGCCAACCUCGGAUGUUUCAGAAGUACUUGCAAAAUGGAAUGGGCGAAACGAUGGUUCUAGCAACACGAAAAGCGUGAUGGACCUAUUGUGCUCCAGUUGGCGCAGAUCAGAAUCGGGGGACAACGAUGAUCCGUGACCUCCAGGACGAUCACCACGACAGUCUUGAUGAUUUCUUACUACGCCACACGUCGAAAUUCGUGAUACUUGGGUGCUUGGGGAUGAGGGAGAAAUACAAAAAGAAAAGGACAGAAUCAAGUUCCCGUUUAAAAGAGAAAGGACAAGGUAGAUGAAACGCCGCAGGAGGUCGAUCGAGAUCGUAGAGACGUCGAAGGAAGAAAGACGGUUGCAAGAUGAAGCAAAAUGGCUACGAACGCGAGGAAAAAGGAUGAGAGGAAUGAAGCCGCGGCUUGGUCUCGAGAGUGACGCGGUCGCGAAGAAAUUCAUGUGAUUGUUCUUUGUACAAAUAUCGCGGUGUAAUAUUGUAGUGAUUGAAGAAUUUAAAUGUUAAAUUUUAAUACAGUCGCGAUCGAGAUAUAUUAAUGAAAUAUAAGUGAUAUAUAGGCAAUUUUAGCGGGCAUGUACAUUAAAAAAGGAGAGGCAAAUACACACCCGGUGCUCGCACGGAAUAGAAAAUAUGUUCAAUGCACAGACGACGCAAAAGAGGUAAAAGAGAGUACGAGAGACACGAAAAAGAAGAAGACAAACGAAAUGGCAGUAUAUAUAUAUAUAUAUAUAUAAAUAUAUAUAUAUGU